UAUAUAUAUAUUUCUUUUUGUUUUCUCUAUCAGAUCAACAAAUGUUCAGGGAUGUUCAGCUGCUGCUGCAGCAGCAGCAGGAACAGCAUCAUCGGGAAAUGCAGCUGCAGCAGCAACAGCAACAGCAGUUGCAGCAACUGAGGGAGGAGCUCCUCCCUCAGCAACAAGAGGAUCACCGACCGAGGGAGGAGCCCCUCCCUCAGGUGCAAGAGAUGGAAUCCGGCGAGGAGGCGAAGCCACCGCGAAAAAGAGGAGUGGCGGCAGGGAGAUCAGGGUAG